CCGAGGAAACAUGGGAAUUCUUUAACACGCUGUUCGCGGACAGUAGAGGACACAUCGUCUGCAGCACCCGGACUUUUCUAAUCAUGGUGCUGCUACACGUGCUGUUUGAGCAUGCGGCAGGCUAUGCUCUUUUCGCCGUCAAGGAAGUGGAGGAGAUCGGCAUGCUACUUCCACAGGUGGAGGAUAGUGUUCUGAAUAUUGGGAAAUUCAACAAUGUGGUCAAGCUGGCUGCCUUCUUCCCCUUUAAGUCAGCCCAGUCAGCCUUGGAGAAUAUCAACGCUGUCUCUGAAGGAGUUGUGCAUGCAGAUCUGAAGUUGUUCCUUGAGACAAACCUGCCCCCUGGUGGUAAGAAGAAGAAUAUCCUGGGUGUGUCUGAUGCGAAGAUUGGAGCAGCACUGCAGGAGGAGCUUGGGCUGUCCAUCCAGACGGGUGGGGUCGUGGCCGAGAUACUCAGAGGGGUUCGCCUGCACUUCCACUCCCUGGUGAAGGGGCUCACGGCCCAGGCGGCCUCGAAGGCACAGCUCGGUUUGGGCCACAGCUACUCCAGGGCGAAGGUCAAGUUCAACGUGAACCGGGCCGACAACAUGAUCAUCCAGUCCAUCGCCCUGCUGGACCAGCUGGACAAGGACAUCAACACCUUCGCCAUGCGCGUGCGCGAGUGGUACGGGUACCACUUCCCUGAGCUGAUCAAGAUUGUGUCGGAUAACGCCACGUACUGCCGCCUGGCCCGUCUCAUUGGGAACCGCAAGGAGCUGUCCGAGGAGAGCCUGGAGGCGCUGGAGGAGGUGGUGAUGGACAGCGCCAAGGCCCAGGCCAUCCUGGAGGCCUCUCGCAGCUCCAUGGGUAUGGACAUCUCCCCCAUUGACCUGAUCAACAUCGAGAGCUUCUCCAGCAGAGUGGUCUCCCUGGUGGACUACCGGCAGGGGCUGCAGGAGUACCUGCGCUCCAAAAUGGGCCAGGUAGCCCCCAACUUGGCUGCCCUCAUCGGUGAAGUGGUCGGGGCCCGUCUGAUCUCUCACGCCGGCAGCCUGACCAACCUGGCGAAGUACCCGGCCUCCACGGUGCAGAUCCUGGGCGCGGAGAAAGCCCUGUUCAGAGCCCUGAAGACUCGAGGGAACACCCCCAAAUACGGCCUGAUCUUCCACUCGACCUUCAUCGGGCGUGCUGCUGCCAAGAACAAGGGGCGCAUCUCCCGUUACCUGGCCAACAAGUGCACAAUCGCCUCGCGCAUUGACUGCUUCUCGGAGUUGCCCACUAGCGUCUUUGGCGACAAGCUGAGGGACCAGGUCGAGGAGCGUCUGUCCUUCUACGAGACGGGUGACGUGCCGCGCAAAAACGUGGAUGUCAUGAAGGAGGCAGUGAAAGAGGCUGGAGAAGUGGCUGCUGAGAUCAAGAGAAAGUUGGAGAAGAAAGAGAGGAAACGAAAGAAGCGCGAAAAGAAGCUUGCAGCGCUCUCCAUGGCGGAGGGCGAGGAGGAAGAGGAGGAGAGCAAGGUCAAGAGCAAUGGCGAGACUGCCGAAAACGGAGACGCGGAAACCGUCAAGAAGAAGAAAAAGAAAAUGAAGCAGGAGGAAGAGGUGGAAGAGGGGGCGGAGACAAAUGGUGUGGGGGACACACCUACGCCCAAGAAAAAGAAGAAGCGGGAGGUGGUGGAAGAAGAGGGGGCAGAGACGAAGGGUACAGAAGACACACCUGCACCCAAGAAGAAAAAGAACAAGAAGCAGGAAGAGGAAAUGGAGGAAGAGGCAGCAGAGACGAACGGCGUGGAGGACACGCCGGCGCCUAAGAAGAAAAAGAAGCGAAAGAGCGAGGCGAUAGAGCCAGAGCCUGUGGAUGAGGCAGCGAUGGAGACCGCAGAGGUUACGCCAGAGACGCCACAGACCGAGAAGAAGAAAAAGAAGAAAAAAAUUAAGACGGGGGAUGAAUAGCAAACUCC